CAUUGUUUAUUGCAUAUGUUAUAACUACACUCUUCAUUGCUUUUUUAAAACUUCUCACCACCCAACCCCACUAAUAUUUCAUCAUCGUUUCUUCAUCUUAUCUUCUUAUUGGGUUUCUGAUCAAAAACCAAGGUGCAGCUUCUAUGAGUUCUGCCAUAACCAAACCUCCGACAAGUGAGUGUGACUCCUCUGAGGAGAGUGGUUGGACUAAGUACUUUGAGGAUUUCCUUAACAAUAUUGAUGAUCACAAACGUUGUUCUGUGUCUUUCUCUGGUGUUGAUAGCUACUCCACCCUCUUUGCCUGUGCUGCUGAGAAAAUGUUAACUCAUGAUCACACCACGCAACCUGAGGAAUCAUGUUUCAGGAAGAGAAAGAAGAUCAAAACUUCUUUAGUGGUUGAUGAUGCUUUGGAAGAUACUGCAAGUUCUCCAGUCAAAGGCUCCAAGGGAAAAAGAAAUACCCCAAGAGAGAGAGAUGAAAGUCAAGAACUGGGUUUCAGAAGGGACAAUGACCACACAGAACUGAAGAAGAAAGGUCUUUGCUUAGUUCCUAUGUCGAUGAUAGCGAAAUACAUUGGUUGAUUUAUUCUAUGAAAAACGACCUAAUAUAUAUGCAUUUGGGAAAAUAUCCAUUGACACCCACAGGAAAAGAAAAUGAAUAUGAAUGUGCAACAAGAAAAAGGAAAAUGAGAAAAUUAUGAACUCUUGAGUGUUGAAAAUACUUAUGAAUUUCUCUCUCUUAAUUAGUGCACAUAAUGGAUAAUCUUUUUUUUAAGGCAAUAUAAUACUUGCCAGACAGCUAGAACAUGUUCCAUAUAUAUUAUGAAUCAAUCCAAUCA